CAUGUUUCAAGGGACGGAGGAAGUCCAUGUUAUUACAACUCGACUAAUCUCCCACGAAAUCUCCCAAUCUUCCUCCACUCAUAACGACAUCAGCUGCAUUACGCAAUCGAAACUUGGUUUACACUGCACGUUCAAAAUUACGACCAUGAUAUGACUACUGCUUGGAUCGACUCUGGGUCUGGGGAGGUGCUGGGUGCGGUGGAGAAAGCAAUAACUUCUGACUGACGGAUGUGGGGCACAUUGAGAACAAAGUCGAGUCAGAUGGCUGAUUUUUCUUUGCAUUUAUUGAGUUAUCCAUUUCUCUCUCUCGUGCCGUAUGUCACAUAUCCCACCUCGAACUUAUAAGCAUAUAAUGGCGUCCAUAUAUGACCGGCAAAGUAUGCAAUGCAAGUGAUAUGUAAUGGUGUGUGGGGCCGAGUCAUUAAUUUUUGGGGACACGUCGUAAAUCUCCCCUUUUGAGAUGGGAUCUUUGCUAUGCCAGCAGGAGCCAAGCCGACACACUGCUGCUGCUGACUUUCACCAAAACUCUUUCACGCCUCCUCCUCCCACUUGCCUAAUUCUGAUAAUUCUCGUAAUUUCGUUUGAAAUCGCACCUUAUCACGAUAUCAACCAUACCGUCCAUCCAUCCAUCCAUCCAUGCUAUUACUUUCAGGAGUGGUCGGUCAGCACAUGUGAAUACUGAGCUCUGGAUAAAUGAGACGUUGUUUCAACUCCACAGUUGUGUUUUCUCUUGCGACUGCUGCUGCCAUGCCGUCUGUAAAAUUGAGAUGGAGGCGAGUGGGAAGAAGUCAAUAAAUAAAGAGGAGCAAGUGUUUGGAUUUGAAGGGAUGGAGGCAAGUGGAGGUAAUUAUGUAUCGUGCGGCCAUGGAGUGGAGGCAGUUGGUCGUACAUACAACUUGCGAAGUGUACAGUGGGUGAAUUAUGGGAGGAGUGUGUGUAUCGCAAUCCAGGACGGAAUGCGAUACACACGGAACACUACGACUCGUGGCGUCCUGAUAUGGUUGUAAUUAAGCACUCGGUUAAUGAGGGAGCGCACUCUGGACAUAAAUUACGACUCCUCAGCCACCGACGCCAAUCUUACGUAUUCUCAUCCCCGCACGGUCUUCAGAGAGCCGUGGUAGCAACAAUGCAGCCACGGUGGAGAAGGAGGCAGAUGCCCAAACCAACUUUCGCCGGCUUCGAGAGAGAGAGAGAGAAGAGCUGUGUUGUGUCACUUUAAAUUCAUGUUUGAUUCAAAGGAUUAUUCUCCGUUUUAGUGAUCCCACCAACAAGAACAACAAAUGGUUGUUGGCUGGGAAUCGAUACACUGCUCCGAACCAAAGACCAUCCUCUGAUUCCUUCCCUUUGAGUAUUGGUGCUCACUCUCCGGCUCAGUCGUCGUCGUCGGAGACAAAGCAGAAGAAUUCAACUUGAUGGUUGAUCGAGAUCACUGAUUAACGUCUGCACUUGGGACUUUUUAUCACAUCAGCGAAACAAUGCUGCUACGGGUCUGGUAAUAACUCUUCCAUUUCAGAAAUGAUCAUUUAGAAAGCAGAGCCGUGUUCAUCAAACACACAGCUCAAGGAUUCCACUUUUACCCGUGUGCACCCUUUCUCUCAAGGUAGCCACCAUUAAUUGACACUCUUCGCAAGACUAGUUCCUGUAACCUUUCAUAUAUUUCACUGGAUCCAUCGUUGAGGGCAAAAUAAAAGUCUCGAAAUGAAAUCAAUCGAUCCUGAAGCUUUUUUUGUUCAAUGUUUACAGCAGCAUUUCUCAUUUUACUCAUUUUAUUAUACGUUUGCCUCCUCCCCUGACAAGCUUACCAUUCCAUGCGAGGAAAAAUGCUUCAAAUUAUAACGGUCUUACGGUCUUUUUAGAUCUUGGCCAUCCAGUAAAAAAGCCGAGGGACGACUAAAAAUUAAGCCAUGUUGCAUGACAACAGCACAAUAGUGUCUUCAUCCAUUUUAUUCCAAUAGCGCUAAUACCGAGAUGUUCAAAAUACGUUCAAAAUUCUAAACCAGUAAAUUCCUCACUUACAAUUUGAUAUCAAAGGAAAAGAUGAUCUAGCGACCACGACUUUCACUCCAUCGUGAGUAAAUACAUCCGCUGCAAAUAGCAUGCUCAAAGAUCUCGUUCUCCGUGUGCUCAACCAAACUGUAGGCGAGUACUUUGAGAAUAUUGAUGCUUCACAACUUCAACUCUCCGUGUUCUCAGGAAAUAUUGCUCUGCAUGACUUAGUUUUAAAACGCAACAUUUGUGAGAGCUUGGGACUUCCAUUUCGUGUGAUUUCUGGCCGAUGCGCAAACUUGAAUCUGAAAAUUCCAUGGACUGGUCUGAACAGUCACCCCGUGGAAGUUGAUAUCCGAGACAUUUAUCUCCUCGUGGUCCCCGGCUCCUCCCUCCCCUACGACGAGGAGGUGGAGGAAAAGGCACGUCUGCGACUCAAACUCCAACUCUUGGAGAACAUUGAAGCUGCCCAGAAGGAACUGACGUCGAACGAACAUGCUACAGAACCAGGCUACUUUGAAAAGCUGGGUAUGCAAAUCGUGAAAAACUUGCAAAUUAGGGUAGAGUCGAUCCACCUUCGUUACGAGGAUGAGUAUACGAAUCCGAGCAAAAACUUUGCCAUUGGUCUCGUCCUCUCCAAACUCUCCAUUCUGACCACAAACAGCGAGUGGAUACCGCGAUAUGUGUACGACAAAGCGGCCACUGUGCACAAACUGCUCAGUUUGGAGGGGUUCGCUCUCUACUGGAACUGCAACUCCCUCAUGGUGUCAAAAGCCGAGUUGGACGUCGACGCCAGGGUCGAGAGACUCAAAGAAAUUCUCAAACGCGGAAAGUUCGACAGCCUUUUUGGACCGAUCUCGAUCGUGACCAAGGUUCGUCUGGCCAUUAACCCGGAGAAGGGCCCCAAACCCUUCACCGUUCCCAAAAUUCUCUUUGACACGGUGGUGGAAGAGCUGGCCAUCGGAAUUUCCAACUUGCAGUUUCAGGAUAUGCUUCACAUGGCAGCCUCGUGGGAGGGUAUAUACCGGAUGCAGUACUACCGCAAGUACAGGCCGCAUGGCAAAGCAUACAAAGGAAAUUAUCGCCUUUGGUGGAGAUUUGCGUACAACUGCAUUCUCGAAGAUAUUCAACGACGGCGGAAUAAUUGGAGAUGGAUACGAAUGCUGCAUCAUCGGCGGGAUUGCAAACAAUAUCACAAGGUUUUGUACUCAAAGAACAUUUUGAAGAAGACCAAUCCCCAAAUGGAGGCCGAGAUUGAAGCCUUGGAAAAUCGGUUGGACAUUUUCAACAUACUUCUGAUCCGCAAGCAGAUUGACUUGUUUCGGGCACGUCGAAGUCGUGAAGAAGAGAAGCUGUUGCAAGAACAGAGUUGGUGUGACUGGUUUCGAAGCUGGGUAGUCCCCAGUCCGGAAAUGGAAGCCUUUCACUCCCCCCAAGAACCCAUCACACCCGACGAUAUGAGCUCAGAGGAGAAGCGUGCUCUUCUCGUAGCCAUCGGCUUCACGGAUGCCACAAAUCUCGUCGUCUUGCACACGCCUCCCGACUAUGUCGACGCCCAUGUUGACUUUCGCUUGGACAAGUUGAAAGUGAUCAUCACCCAAGAUGACCGUCGCUGGAACGUUCGCCGGUCAGUGUCUGAGGGGACGAAGAGUACGAUUAUGGACCUUCAAAUUACCCGCUGUGAACUCGCCCUCGACUCACGCCCCAUCAACCACGGGCUUAAGGUCACUUUCAAGUUGGAAAGCAUUGACGUGUACGGCGGUGACGCACCCGAGGACGAAGAUGACGACGAGGGCAGUACUCCACACAUUGUCGCCCCUCGCAGGGCGGAAGGCGUGAGUAAUCUGCUGGACGUCGUUUAUGAACAAGCACCGCUCAACUCGGAGUUUGAUCAGAGGCUCCGGGUUCACGGUCACCCUUUGGACAUUACAUAUGACUCGGCCACGGUUCACAAGCUCAUCGCCUGCUUCACACUUCCCAAGCACGUGGCCCUCCAGCGACUCCAGUCCAAGGCCAUGUUGACCUACAAGCAGCUCAAGGCGCGGUCGAGUACUUCGCUCAGGAGGAUAAUGGAGAGUCAUGAGAAGUUCGAGAUGGACAUUCACCUCGAGGCCCCGUGCCUAAUUAUUCCUCAGUUUGGCUUCUCUCCAACGACACUCAACGUGAUCGUAGUGGAAUUGGGCGAGCUGAUCAUUACGAGUCAGUUACUACAAAUCUGAAAGAAUCUAAAAAGUUUGAAUUUGACUAAUAAAUUCAAUGACCAAUGCGACCAAAAUCAAGAGAAUGUACGAAAUAGAUAAUAACCUGC